AUUCUGUACGCAUCGGACUGUUCCUUCCGCCAUAUUGCCAUAAAAAAAAGCAAAAAGAGCGAAAUAUAGGGAACGAUAAACAUCAUUUUGGCUUCAAAGAGCCAUAAAAACUCACAUCAUGUUUCCGAUUACACCAGGGUCGGUGUGUAUAUGGCUGCCUGAGCGCUGAUUGGCAAAUGGUCUUACCAAGAAGAAUUUGAUUGACAGCUGGAAAAAUCAAUAUUGGCCACUCGCUGAGAAAUUCAUUGAAAACAGUAGCUCUUAAGCGGAGUUAACAGUCUGAAUAACCCGAUUUACUGUUGACAUUUGAACAUAUUGUGUAUUUGACAAAAGCGUACAUGCGGAUUAUAGGACGUCCAAAGGACUUCCACCAUUAGUAUAAUGGACGUACGACUGCCAUUUUCGGGCGUAAUUUACGACCGGACGUCCACUAACAGAAGCGCUGGUACAACUAUUGACAGUGGCUUCAAAAGUACCCUGUUGAACGGUACCAUCUGUGGACCAAAUCCAUUUGCAUUUCCACCAGUUCUUGAUGUUCCCCCGACCACCCUGCCCUUCGUGUUCCCCCCUGACUUUCAGGCCCAGGCACCACCGCCCGUGCCCGCCCCAGUGGAGUUUGUCUGCCCGACCCGUCCCAACCAGGGCACAGAGGGGCGACCCAUCGCACUGAGGGCCAACCACUUCCAGGUCCGCAUACCCAAGGGGUUUAUCCACCACUAUGACAUUUCCAUCACACCUGAUAAGUGUCCUCGCCGUGUGAACAGGGAGAUUAUCGAAACCAUGGUGACAGCCUACCAACAGAAGAUUUUCCAAGGCUCAAAACCUGUGUUUGACGGGCGCAAGAACCUGUACAGUCGUGAUCCGCUACCCAUCGGAAAGGAAAAGAUUGAGUUGCAAGUAACGCUACCAGGCGAGGGGAAAGACCGCGAGUUCACCAUUGUGGUGAAGUGGCUGGCCCAGGUGUCCCUGUACGCGCUAGAGGAGGCGCUGGAGGGCCGGGGUCGCGCGAUCCCCUUCGAGUCCGUACAGGCCCUGGAUGUCAUUAUGAGACAUCUGCCUAGUCUGACCUAUACGCCUGUGGGUCGCUCAUUCUUCUCCCAGCCCGAGGGUUAUGACCACCCCCUAGGCGGGGGCAGGGAGGUGUGGUUUGGCUUCCACCAGAGUGUGCGCCCCUCCCUGUGGAAGAUGAUGCUCAACAUCGAUGUUUCGGCGACAGCGUUCUACAAACAGCAGCCAGUGAUUGAGUUCAUGUGUGAGGUGCUGGACAUGAAGGACACGUCAGAACAGAAGAGGCCCCUUACUGACUCACAGAGAGUCAAAUUCACCAAAGAGAUCAAAGGUUUAAAAGUGGAGAUAACUCACUGUGGUACAAUGAAGCGAAAAUACCGAGUGUGUAACGUCACGCGUCGACCUGCACAGACCCAGUCGUUCCCUCUACAGCUGGAGUCCGGUCAGACGGUGGAGUGUACGGUGGCGCGCUACUUCCUGGAGCGCUACAAGAUGAAGCUGCAGCACCCACACCUGCCCUGUCUGCAGGUUGGACAGGAGCAGAAACACACCUAUCUGCCACUGGAGGUGUGCAAUGUGGUUGGAGGUCAGCGCUGCAUCAAGAAGCUGACAGACAACCAGACCUCCACCAUGAUCAAGGCUACGGCCCGAUCAGCUCCGGACAGAGAAAAAGAGAUCAACAACUUGGUCCGCAAAGCGAACUUUAACUCGGACCCGUAUUUGCAAACGUUCGGCAUCAGCAUUGUGCCGCAGAUGGUUGACGUUCACGGCCGCGUCCUAAACCCCCCCAAGAUCCAGUACGGUGGGAGGGUAGGUGACAGCAGUCUGUCAAGUAAAGCCCAGGUGGUGCCCUCCGACGGUGUUUGGGACAUGCGGGGCAAACAGUUUUACAGCGGGAUCGAGAUCCGCGUGUGGGCGAUUGCGUGUUUCGCCCCGCAGCGUACGGUACGAGAGGACGCCCUCAGGAACUUCACCCAACAGCUCCAGCGUAUCUCCAAUGAUGCGGGCAUGCCCAUCCUGGGCCAGCCGUGCUUCUGCAAGUACGCGACGGGGCCAGACCAGGUGGAGCCCAUGUUCAGGUACCUGAAGAACACGUACCAGGGCCUGCAGGUUAUUGUGGUGGUGCUGCCAGGAAAGACACCAGUCUAUGCUGAAGUGAAGCGUGUGGGUGACAUAAUGUUUGGACUGGCCACCCAGUGUGUGCAGGCCAAGAAUGUGAACAAGACCACACCCCAGACACUCUCCAACCUCUGCCUAAAAAUCAACGUGAAACUCGGUGGAAUCAACAACAUCCUCUUACCCAGUAUACGGCCUUCAAUGUUCCGAGAGCCAGUUAUAUUUCUUGGCGGAAGCGUAACACACCCUCCUGCUGGUGACAAAAACCGGCCGUCAAUAGCUGCAGUUGUAGCAAGCAUGGAUGCCCACCCGAGUCGCUACUCAGCCACAGUGCGGGUGCAACAGCAUCGGCAGGAGAUCAUCCAGGAGCUCUCGUCCAUGGUCAAGGAGCUGCUCAUUCAGUUCUACAAGUCCACGCGCUUCAAGCCCACACGCAUCAUCUUCUACCGAGACGGUGUGUCCGAGGGCCAGUUCAAUUCGGUCCUCUCUCAUGAGUUGCGUGCAGUGCGCGAGGCCUGCAUGAAGCUGGAAGGUGACUACCAGCCUGGCAUCACGUUCAUCGUGGUUCAGAAGCGCCACCACACGCGCCUGUUCUGCGCCGACCGCAAGGACCAGAUCGGCCGCAGUGGGAACAUCCCUGCAGGCACCACCGUGGACGUGGGCAUCACCCACCCUACUGAGUUUGACUUCUACCUGUGUAGCCAUGCUGGAAUUCAGGGUACCAGCAGACCAUCUCACUACCAUGUGCUGUGGGAUGACAAUCGGUUCUCUGCGGACGAGCUGCAGAUGUUGACGUACCAGCUGUGUCACACCUACGUGCGGUGUACUCGCAGCGUGUCCAUCCCAGCCCCCGCCUACUACGCCCAUCUGGUGGCCUUCCGCGCACGAUACCACCUUGUGGAAAAGGAACAUGACAGUAGCGAAGGUGGAAGUAGCCGCAAUUCAUCAGACCAGGGUGAGGACCGCACUGUGGCCAACACAAUUGCUCGCACUGUCACCCUGCAUCCAGACACUAUGAAAGUCAUGUACUUCGCUUAAAUUGGGGGUCACCUUUCGUCGGGUCGUUGCAGUUGGUAAAUUACAAAAGAAAAAUUACAUUCAACAGAAACAAAUUUGUUGAAUUUAGACUAAAUACAAUGUGAAGCAUAUUUUGUAUUCAUCAAAUUUCUUAUUUAUUUAUUUUAAGUAAUGUUUUAAGCUUAAAUUGUUAGAUAUUUACAGGGUUAGAGUUGCACAGUUUCUAAAUAGUUAGACUCUUAUAAUUUUUUCUAGUGCUGCAACAAUACGCCAAAAACCGUAUUGCAAUAUAUUGUCAGUUCAAAAACCCGUAUUGCAAUAUAUAGCAAUAUAUUGCUAACUUGUACCAAAAUUAUAACUUGCCAAUUACCCGAUAAUCCCGUAUAUUCCAGUUUUAAAGCAAAUUUUGGUAAAUAUUUACCCUAUACCGGUAAAUGUGCUCAAGAAUAACAAGAAACACAAACAUUCGCAACUUUUCUUAAGUAUCAAAUACAUUUUGGUAUUUGUUACUAUUUAAAGAUGUGAUGAAAUAACGUCCAACCCGGGCGUUUUUUUCCACUGAACACGCGUAAUUCACCUGACGUGAUGUUCCCAUUUUUAUACAACACAAAAUACACCCAUACUUUCCAUGCGACGUCCUACAUGUCUGUAUAAUUUUCGCGCGCUUUUUAUUAAGACAAAGGAUAAAGCACUUUUUAUUUGACGCUAUAAUUUUUUAUUGUCGCAUUAGCAUUAAAAUUUUGAAGCGUAUUUACGAAAUAUGGAUCACAAAUUUAAUAAUGCUCAAUUCAGAAUCGAACGAAACAUUUACAGCUGUGCGCAAUUAAUUCAACGUUAAUCUGUUCAAAAGCAUCAAACGAAUGCUCCGUUGUAACAAAGUUACUCCGUAUAAUAUACUUUUCAGAAUGCUAUUUUUACGAAAAAAAAAUAUUUACACUGCUUUGUUUUGUUUACCUUGUUACCAUUAUUUCGGAUGGCUUUUCUGGACGAAAUGUGAAUGAAUUUUUGUAAAAUUUUCGUACCGGUAUGAUGAAAAUCGUAUCGCAAUACAAUAUGCGGAUUGCGUAUUGCGAUAUAUACCGAUAUACCGGUAUAUUGUUGCAGCACUAAUUUUUACUAAGCAUUUCUUGGAAAGAGAUGUUAUUCCUCAAAGAAAAAUAUUACCAACAGUAAAAGUUUAUGUAAUUUUUUUGUAAUACUGGCUGGCACAUUACAUGUAUAGGCUUUUGUUCCUGAGGUAACAAAAACUGAAUGUGAUUUGUGAAUAUUGAAUUAACAGAAAAGGCGGAAAGCUUGAAAACUUAUUCUCAAUUUUUCAAAACAUGUUUUAGAUAUCCAUGCUUUGAUUAAGCUGUUUUUCUCUUGUCAAUUUCAUUUAAACAUCAUUUGUCAAUUGUUUUAUCAGUCAUUGUGUUUUGAAAUAUGUCUGCGUUGUAUUCAUGGCUAGAAGAAAGUGUAUGAUAGUCAUUUGCAAUAGACUUGUUGAUUGUAUUCAUACUGAUUGUGUGAACGUUUGUGUGUAUAUAUGUGAAUUGAAUAGACGUAUAUUGUAUUAAAUUUACGACAAAGGCGGGAAUUUAGGUAUUAUAUACAUACUUUGUUGUUCUUUGUUUUAUUUAUUUAUAUUGUAUGUACAUAAGAUAUCAGAGUAAUUUCAUUGGUUCAUCAAUGUAAAUAAUGACGGAUCGAAAUGUUUGUUUCACAUUGUUAUGUUGGUCAUUUUAAUAAUGAGAGUAAAGUAAACAGAAUUUACUCACUCAAUCAUGGUUUAAAUCUCAUUACAAGUACACCUUUUAAAUGUACGUUUGUAUAGGUAUCUUAUGAAUAAAAAAUAUUAUAUAUUAUAUUCAAAGAAAAAGCUUUAAAUGAAGUACAACGAAUUUUUUUGAUCAAAUGAAAAGAUCAAAUUUAAUGAAUUUUGAUCAAAUCCCUCAACAAAUUUGGCUGUAGAUCAAAAUCAUCAGGUUGCACAUUUCAUAAUUAUGGCUUUUUUAAUGGUCAUACAUUUCAUAGCACAAUAUUAUGCUUGAAGUUGUUUCAUAGGUCUGAUUUAUUUUUUGUGUCAGAUAUCAAAAUCAUUACAGUAGUUUGAUUUUUAUGUUACCAACUGGUCGAUUGUUUUUAAGGCUGUCAGUGGAGAUAUUAUGUACCUGGGUAUUAGGAUUUCUAAAAAAAAAUAAAAAAAUACUUGGUUUGGGCGCUAUUGCUGAAUUGGUGUCACAGGUUACAAUUCAAUUAAUUCUAUCUUUGUGUUGUAUUUUGAAAACCAUUUUACUAAACCAUGAAAAAACACGAUUUAUGAAGUUAACCCGCUUGCUGUUAGAAACCGUGCUAGAUUAUCUGAAAGAAACCAUCAGAAAUAUGUAAGAAAAAUACUUCAAUUUGAUAAAAACCAAAAUCAAUUAAAGCUUCUAGUUAUGUUGCUGAUCACCAUUAUGAUCAAUAUUAUUUCAUUUUGUGGACUUGUUAUUGCUUAAGUUUUCCAUAGUUGAACGCCAAUAUGCAUUUAUUUCUUCAUAGUUAAAUCUCCAUUCCAUUUUUAGAGCCUUGGAUCUGUAAAUUUUAAUGAAGAUCUUGAAUUUCAUUUAUUAGCUAGAAAUCGAGAAUAGGUUCCUGAAAUUGUGAACAAUUGUGUUUUGAACAUGUAGAUGUAUUUGCCAGAUAGUACAGAAUGCAUUCCUGGUCACCAUGAUAUAACUGUGGUACUGAUGAAAACAGCAUAACCCCCAAUCAACAAUUAUCAGGUACAGGUUUCACACUCAACUUAUCUGAUGAUUAAUGUAUUGUGCUUAUUUGUAUUACAUGUUAUGUUUUAUGUCAACUUUGCAUCAUGUAUUUCCUUUGAUCUUAUUGGAAUUUUGUUUUCUUCUUCAUUCGUUUGUUACAAAAUGCCUUUUUGUUACAAAAUGCCUUUUGUCUUCUUUGAUUUAGAGACUUAAACAACAAUAUACAUUAUCUAUUUAUAUUUACUUUGAGCAAAGGGGAUUGAGCUGGAACCUAUUUUUGCGGACAAUUGUUUUUAAUGAACCAUGUUUUAAAAUUUGAUAUGCUGUCUGUCCUUGAUAUUUUGUAAAUAAAUAUGUACAUACUGUG